AGCAUUGCUUUACUUUACUGAGUUCGAGGAGUUUUUUCCACAAACCCAACUGCCUUUUUGCAGAUAGUUCCAAAAUGUAACGCUUAUUUUUUGUUCAAUAUGUUACGUUAACUUUUAAAAUGCAACGUAGCAUCGUGCUCACAGCUUUUGUCAUCGCGGAAUAGUCAUAAGUACAUACAGUCAAACGGGUUGAUGCGCGGAGCGAACAUUGAAUCGGCUUCCAACGGGAACACCAUGCUAGCAAGCUAACAGGCUACAGGAGGACAUGAAGUGGCUCUAGGUUCUCCUCUUCCUCUGCUGAAGGACAACGACAGGAAAUAACGCUACUGGCAUGGAGGGCACCGGAGAGAUCAGCGACACGGACAGCGGCAUCAUCCUUCACUCAGGAUCUGACAGCCCAACAACGCAUAUGAAGGACGUAACACAUACACGGGCUAUGAAACUGAGACAGCAGGAACUCCAAGAUUACUUGGAAAAGUGCAUACUGGAGCUGAAGGGACUGUGCAUCCGAGAAGCUGAGUUGACAGGUCAGCUGUCAGAAGAUUAUCCUCUCCAGCCAGGAGAGAAGCCUCCACGGAUCCUCAGACGCAUUGGAGCCUCCUUUAAACUGGAUAAACAAAUCAUCCCUCAGGGAUCACAGGACUCAGUACUGAGUUUAAGUCACGCUGACCUAGCUAUUCAGACUAAGAUUUAUGAAGCAGCACGCAAGCUCUGUGAAGAAGAUCACCUGAGCAAGGCUGUUAAGAAGAACCGAAUGCUGCAAUGCAAACAUGAGGAAAAGAAACUGAAGCAGCUGCAGGAGGCGGCCUUCAAGUUGCAACUGGAGCACGGUCGGUCAUCACCGCACCCUGUUUUCAUCAGUGCACAACAAGAUCUUGGCACAUCCCAUGACAGCACUUUGUCUGAUUCGGUAGUACAAGAUGAAGAUGUCACAAUUCAAUCCUCGCAGCCAUUCUCUGGACUUCCUUAUUCUGUGGAAACUGAUUCUCUGCAGCCUUCCCCUGUGUCCAUACGUUCCUACACAGACAGAUCCCAAAUGUCUCCAUGCAUAGUUCCAGGGUCCCCACGGUUGAACUUGUGUCAAUCUCCUUCUCCGAGCCUUGACUCUAAUUUGAGUUCAACCUCCACCCCUGUUUACGACUCCCCGCCCAUCCAGAACUCUCCUUGGUCAGAAUCUAGUCUUGACCAGCCUUACCAGAAGACCAAAAAGACCCGCUCCUCCAGCAAGACGAGCAGUCCAGCCCAAUCCGACGUAUUACUACCUCCGCUGGAUUCUUGUUUAUCGCCGCUACCGCAGCAGCUUUCUCACCUGAGGCUGAGCCAAACGCAGUCAAACAGUGCCCCCUCCACACCAGAGAUGCGUGUGCACAGACAGCUCUCCCUCAGGGUGUCCAGCCCUGAAUCAUCAUCAUUUUAUAAGGAGCGCGGUCGACCCAGAGGUCCAAGGAGGCGACUAACAGAGUUCGGAAUAACGUUUGCAGAGACUCCGUCCUCUCAAGCCAACUAUGAAAUCCAUGCUAGCUCUGAGGAUAGCAACUCUGAGAAAUCCUUCUCUUCUCAUGGCAGCUCCCCAUGUCAGGAUCUGCCUGCUGAUUCACCCAAAGGGUAUCAAACUGGAUACUCACUGGGUCUUCCAGUUGGCAGCUAUGGACAGCACAUCAUUCCAACUCCUGGCUUUCACUCUAACAGACACAUGUUAGGCCCUGGUUUUCAAAGACCUUUUUACAGAGAAGAAGUGGCCUACCUACCCGAUGCAGACGUGGAUCAAAGCCAUUUCCUGCAGCAAGCUAAUCGUCCUCCUUUAAAAUAUGACGGUUGGCACGAACAAUAUGUUUUACCUCACCAGAGACCACAAAGGCAUUUACCUCCUGGCGUCAGACUCGCAUCGCUAACAAAUUUAAACCACUACCACCCCAACCAUCUGUCGCCACACAUGGUGAAUGAGCAUCUAAAAUCGUGGCACCAUAGGAACCAGCUCAGAGCUCCAAGGUCUCGCUCUCUGGACCGACAGCAAGCAGCCUUGAUGAAGAACAUGACGGAGACACCCUGCAAGCAGAAUCACAUGUACUGUGACCAAAUGAUUCAAAUGAGCUCCGUCCAAAGAGCUGCUGAGAACACUGCCAGCCCAUGGAUUGUGGACGUCGGCUCCCACUUUAUGAGCCAAGUGUAAAGAGAAGAACAUGUCUGCCAUGGUGGAUGUGCAGACUGCUGGUUUUAUCAUUUGCUCAGAGGAUCAGAACUAGCCAUCACCAAUACAGUGUAAUGCCAUGUGGUUACUAAUUUAAGGUUUUUUCUGUAAGUUAAGUUUUACAUGUUAUUUGUUUCCACUCUGGAGAGGACAGAACUAUCUGUACUGCUACAUGUCAGUUUGAGUUAUUUGUCUAAAUUGGCUAAUUCUUGGCUCAACUACAGGUGCAUUUGUAAUAAAAUAUAAAGAUGUCCAUUAGUGGAUAUCAAACUAUCAGUAAAUAUUAAUUGGAAGAAUGAUGGAAACAGCUGUUUUUUUAGACAACACAAGUACAACCACUAAAAUGCUUGAUCGGAAAUUAAUUAGAUGUGUCACAUUUUUUAAUUUAAUGUCAGUAAAUAACUAAUGUAAGAUUAAAAAAAAAUCAGGAAAAUUUA